UGUCUUUUCUACAUGGAAAUCUUUCCAACACCAUCUUUCUUCUAUGUCCGAUAAAAUCACAUAUCUAAGAUCUUCAAGAUCACUUCUUAGUCCCUGAUCUAUUUCUUUGACUUGGUAUUCCCCAUUGUUUCAUAAGCUCUGUGUCUACCCAUUCAUCUCUUUCUAAGCAUCUUCUCUGCUCUUCUCUCCAUGUUCUUCCCUUAUUCUUGAGAACCCUGCCCCAGAAUGAAAAAUACUUUAUUGGCAUAAUGGUUUUUUCCCCCUAAGUGAAGUUUAAAAGGAGCUUUUUUCCUUAAAAAAAAAAAAAAAAGAAAAGAAAAAGAAACACAUCAUUUUCUUCAUGAAGAUGAAAAUGCAGGAAUAAAGAAACCCUGCGAAAGAAGAUGAAGAAAACCAGAGAAAGAGUCUACAACAGAGAGAGGGAAUUUGUGUAUAAAUUCAAAGUAGGAACUCAAUGCUUAGAACUGAGGGUACCUCUCAAAUUUCCUGUUCAAGAGAAUGCGAGUCAUUUACAUGGACGUCUGAUGCUGCUGCACAGUUUACCAUGCUUUAUAGAAAAAGACUUAAAAGAAGCUCUGAGCCAGUUUAUAGAAAAAGAAUCCCUCAGAGAUUAUGAUAGAGAUGCUGAAGCAUCCCUGGAAGCUGUGAAAUCAGGCGAAGUUGAUUUACAUCAGCUGGCCAGUACGUGGGCCAAAGCUUAUGCUGAGACCACAUUAGAGCAUGCGAGGCCUGAAGAGCCCAGCUGGGAUGAAGAUUUUGCAGAUGUAUACCAUGACCUAAUCCAUUCUCCAGCCUCUGAAACUCUUCUAAAUUUGGAACAUAAUUACUUUGUUAGUAUCUCAGAACUGAUUGGUGAAAGAGAUGUGGAGCUGAAAAAGUUACGAGAGAGACAAGGUAUUGAAAUGGAAAAAGUGAUGCAGGAAUUGGGGAAAUCACUGACAGAUCAAGAUGUAAAUUCACUGGCUGCUCAGCAUUUUGAAUCCCAGCAAGACUUAGAAAAUAAAUGGUCAAAUGAAUUAAAACAAUCAACUGCCAUCCAAAAACAAGAAUAUCAGGAAUGGGUGAUAAAACUUCAUCAAGACCUAAAAAACCCCAACAACAGCUCCCUCAGUGAGGAAAUUAAAGUUCAACCGAGUCAGUUCAGAGAAUCCGUAGAAGCAAACGGAAGGAUUUAUGAGGAGCAGAGAAAGUUGGAAGAAAGUUUUACCAUUCACUUAGGAGCCCAGUUGAAGACCAUGCAUAAUUUGAGAUUGCUGAGAGCAGAUAUGCUGGACUUCUGUAAGCACAAAAGAAAUCACCGAAGUGGCGUGAAACUCCAUCGACUCCAGACUGCACUGUCACUUUAUUCCACCUCUCUCUGUGGCCUGGUUUUACUUGUAGACAAUCGAAUCAAUUCAUAUAGUGGUAUUAAAAGAGAUUUUGCCACAGUUUGCCAAGAAUGUACUGACUUCCAUUUUCCCCGGAUCGAAGAACAACUGGAAGUUGUCCAGCAGGUGGUACUUUAUGCUAGAACCCAACGAAGGAGUAAGUUGAAAGAAUCACAUGAUUCUGGAAACCGAAAUGGAGGAAGUGACGAUAAGGCUAAAAAUUCUGACAGGAACUAUUUAAAUAUUUUACCUGGAGAAUUUUAUAUUACACGGCAUUCUAAUCUCUCUGAAAUACAUGUUGCUUUCCACCUUUGUGUGGAUGACAAUGUGAAAUCGGGAAACAUCACUGCUCGAGAUCCUGCCAUUAUGGGACUCCGAAAUAUACUCAAGGUUUGCUGUACCCAUGACAUCACAACAAUAAGCAUACCUCUCUUGCUGGUGCAUGAUAUGUCAGAGGAAAUGACUAUACCAUGGUGCUUAAGGAGAGCAGAACUGGUGUUCAAGUGUGUCAAAGGUUUCAUGAUGGAAAUGGCUUCUUGGGAUGGAGGUAUUUCCAGGACGGUACAGUUUCUGGUACCACAGAGUAUUUCUGAAGAAAUGUUCUAUCAACUUAGUAACAUGCUCCCCCAGAUCUUCCGAGUGUCAUCAACGCUUACUCUGACGUCCAAGCACUGAACCCUUAGAGACUGACACUCUGGCAGAAGACUGCCAAACUCUCCAGGAACCUGAGCUGUGCUGGGCUUCUGUCAAGCAAAAGAUGCCUGGAAAGAGAACUUGCCAUCCAAGCCACAAAUCAAAUCAUGAUGUAUGUCUGUGAAACCUUCCAAAAAUUCAUAUACUGUAUAGUCUAGUGAUCAGCAUUUUACUUAUAUAUUUACUCUUAAAAUACCUUUUUGAAAGAAAUCUUUCUUUCUACUGUUAUGUCCUCUCUGUGAAUAUUAGUAAGUUAAAACAUCCUAUAUAUCAUAUCUGGACACUUGAUGUAGGAGAUUGUUGAUUACAUUUUCAUGGAGACAUUUGACUUUUCCAAAAGGUUUGAAUCCUAUCUAGUGCAAGACUUAAUCAACCAUAUAAAUAAAAUCUUCCCUUUACCUUAUUUGCCAAGUGAAAAUUAAAAGACAUUGAGAUACACA